AAGAUUUUAUUGGUUCCAACUUCCAACCAUCCCCACCAUCCCUACUUACUUAAUGACGUAUUCAUAAUCUCUCAUCUACAAAACCCAUCUUCUAGAUCCGAUCUUUUCCCCAAUUUUACAAACCCACCCAUGGUGCCACUCACUUUCUUGGAAACCCUAAAAACCCAGCCUUUAUGGCUUAAUUUCCUCUUUGUGUUGGGUUCUUUAUCGUUUCUAAAGACUUCAACUUCAAUCCUUAGAUGGGUUUACGUUAAUUUCUUCAGAGCUCCAAAGAAUCUCAAGAAAUACGGAUCAUGGGCACUUGUUACUGGCUCAACAGAUGGCAUUGGUAAAGCUUUUGCCUUUGAAUUAGCUAAAAAGGGUCUUAACUUGAUCUUGGUGGGUCGAAACCCUAGUAAAUUAGAGGGGGUUUCAUCUGAGAUUAAAUCGAAAUUCGUUAAAACCCAAAUCAAAGAAGUUGUUUUCGAUCUUUCUGGCGAUAUAUCCGAGGGUAUCAAGAAGAUUACUGAAGCAAUUGAAGGUUUAGAUGUUGGGAUUUUGAUAAAUAAUGCUGGGGUUUCAUAUCCAUAUGCUAGGUUUUUCCAUGAAGUUGAUGAUCAACUUUUGAAUAGUUUGAUUAAGGUUAAUGUUGAAGGGACUACAAAAGUAACACAGGCUGUUUUACCUCAAAUGGUGAAGAGGAAAAAGGGUGCAAUUGUGAACAUUGGAUCUGGUGCUGCCAUUGUUAUCCCAUCUGAUCCUCUUUAUGCUGUUUAUGCUGCUAGUAAAGCGUGAGUUUUCGAUAAAAUUUUGGUUUUACAUCAAGUUUUUGGUUGCAAUUAUGGCUUUGAUUACUGCUAAUUGAUGCUGUUCUUUAUUUGCUGGGUAUAUAGACCAGUUUUUGAUAAACAUUUUGGUUUUUAUAGCAGGGUUUGGUUGCAAUUAUGGAUCUUGAUUAGUGCUAAUUGAUGCUGUUCUUCAUUUAUUAGGAAC